CUAAGAAGUGUAUUCGUUUGACAGUCGCGAAUAAUAUAAACCAAUUUUGAUACUUGAUAAUAAUUAUAUUUGUGAACUUACAUAGGUAAAGAAAGGCGAAAUACUGCACUAUUUUAUGUAUGCAUAUUGCAUUUCAUAAGAUGAAUCGGUAGAAAGCAAGAAAUUCAAUAAAAAAUAUGAUUGGUUCUUUGGUAAUGCAUUUAGCAGCACUCAUUCCGCUGCAAAAUAACAGCCACAUUGUUAAUGAGCCGUAUUACCAAUUACCCCGUUUUUGGACAAACACAGGCUUUUGUCCAUCUGGAGAAAUCAAAUGGGAGAGUUUGAAAUUUAGUCUUUUCUCUGAAUCGGUGCAAAUGAAUUUGAUGCACCUCGCAGCGCUACCAACUGGCGCAUUAACACAUAUACGCAUCCAUUGGCUCUUGGAACUUGUUAAAUUUGUACAAUAUACUCAGGCUGGAGUGCCUGUUUAUGACUUCUCCGAUCUAGAUGAUUUCAUAUUAAACUUAAAUGAUUUAGGACUUUAUCCAGUUAUUGAAUUUAUGACUGAUCUGGAUGGUAUUUUAAUAAACAAUUCCGAUAUUAUGAAUGAUAUUUGGGAAGAUUUCAGCUAUCAAGUCACUAAGCGCUAUCUAAAUUUACUGGGUGCUAAGAAUCUUGUUAAGUGGCGGUUUGAGACCUGGAAUGAACCGGACAUACACAAUUAUAAUAUAUUAAAUUUUACUGUAGAAGUAGGUUUUAUCGAAUACGCUAUGGCUUUACGGAAAGGUAUUAAAUCAGCUGGUCAUAUGUCUAAUAAGCCAUUAGAUUUAACUCUGCGAGGACCAGCAGGUUUGUUUAAAUCCAAAAAGAAUCAUCCGUUGUGCUGGUCGUUAAUUAAAAACUGCAACGACCAAAUAAAUGAUUGUCCAAUAAAUGUUCUCACAUAUCAUCGAAAAGGUCAAGGUCUUGCAACAGAGGUCUUAGAAGCAUCUAGCAAAUUAUUAAAGAAUAUUUAUGCAAACUAUUAUAAUAUUAAUAUGUUACCAGUAUCAAAUGAUGAAGCGGAUCCCAUUACUGGUUGGUCCACCCCCCAGGAUUUUUAUGAGGAUGUUCGUUAUGCGGCUAAACUCGUGUACAUUGUGUUUUUGCACUGGCAUGCUAAAUUAAAUUAUAGAGAAUUCAAAUAUCUUGAAACAAUCAGCCACGACAAUGCUUUUAUCAGUUAUCAUCCAUUUGAAUUCACGCAACGAACUCUUUUAGCACAUUUUCGAAUGAACAACUCACAACCAGUGCAUUCGCAAUUUAUACAAAAACCCGUAUAUGCAGCCUUGGGUAUGCUUUCGAAACUAGCACCAGUUGCUGCCGAUAUUGAAGUAAUUACAUUGAGUAGUCCAAACGAUGUAUUAUGGCUUUUAAAAACAAGUUCCACCGGCAAUAAACCCUUGUACGUAAGUUGGCUGCUUCUGCCUCGAGAGAAUACAGAAAAACUGGAAAAUUUCACACUUCAUCGUCAAUUACCUUUCAAGUCAUGCUCUGUAGAGACUUUCGCGUAUGUGGUAGAAUUGCUAGAACAAGAAAAAACAGAUCCAGCAUAUAUUUGGCGCACUCAAGCUGGUUCAAGACCCUUUCCCGACGCAAUAGAGCGUGCAGCGAUGCGGUACGCUCAAACUCCUCGAUUACAAGCUUCUGGUUUGUUACUGAUGCCUGAAUUUAGUUUAAAUAUUAGUGGCUUACAGCUUCCAUGGAUUUUAUUAUUUCGCGUUUGUUCUAAUUUGUCGCCCGUGCUGAAGCGACCCGAACCACCAACAAUUACAAAAAUAACAAUUGGCGAAAUAUUUAUUUCUUGGCGUGAAGCUGCUAACACCACAAAUUGUCUCAAAACUUAUGAAGUUUGGUUUCAAGUAAAUCAGACUGCAGAAUGGAGUUUUAUAAGUGAAAACUGGCAUUUACCUUAUCCAUCAUUUCAAUAUGCUCCUAUUAAUGCCUGUGUUACCGGAUUCUUUAAGGUCCGCGCCAUUGACUUCCUUAAUAGAAAAAGCAAUUUUUCCGAUGCAAUUGAAUAUAUUGAAAUGAGUAUCUAGAUAUAUUUGUUUAGUUGUAAAUAAUACAUUUAGUAAAAACAAAUUGUAAGAAAUAUAAAAGAAAAGGUAACUUAA